UAUUCUGGAUACAUGUAAUACGGAACGAAUCUUGGAAAGAAAAGCAAGGCUGUGAUUCCUUCUACUUUUGACCAUUUCGAACUCUAUCCUGACGAGCUUAUCCCUCAUACCAAGGACGUAUAGAUUGUGGAUAUCCGGAUUACUUACUCGGAUGGCUACUUAUAGAACAACAACACCCUUUCGUUAGAGCUCGGAUGAAGGAACGUACAAUACGUUCAUAAGUGGUGAACCAAUAUCGAUCAUCACCAUUGCAGGUAUCAGGGCCCACGUGUGCCUUACUCUAUCACUUACAAUAAGCGCCAAAUGAUCUGAAGAUUCCGGUUACGAUCGGUUCACUAUCACACUUGUUGUAUCUCCCCUGGAAAUGUUACCGUUACCGUGGAAGGAUCACUAUGCCAAGGAUAUAGUCCCUAACAACCACGAGGAUUCGAUAUGUCCAUGUAAAGUUCACAAAAGUAGGAUAACGUACCCACAAAUACGUCUAUUCCCCUUCAACAAUUGGUCAAAUCGUUUAUUGCGAGCUAGUGAAUUGAUUAUUCGUUGAAGUCAGCUCUCCGUCACAUAUGACCCGGAUGAAUCUUGGUGAUUAUUUUUGGCUUCAAGAUUAGAUUUAAGGUUUAUGUGAGAUAUUGUGGCGCCGAACCUUCGAGUAUCAAGUUGAGAGGGCGCAUUUUUUAUCUUUGACAGACGUGGUGAUGUUUAUUUUGAAUCUUGUUGCGUCGUUCUUUUUCCAACCCACAUUCCUUUAAUCAUCAUCUGAAGCUUUUUCAUGAUGUCUCUGCGACUUGUAUCAUCACUAUGGGUGGUUAUAUCGUUUCUUAAAUUUGGUCAGGCUGCUGUUCUUUAUUCAAAUUCAACCACUUCCGCAACCCCAGCAUCAACGGUAUCGGGAUCUAUCCCUUCUACAAUCACACCUUCCGCUACUCUUUCAUAUGCAGAUGUUCAAUCAACGACACAAUUUUUUCCAAUUACUCCUGGGCCAUAUUGGGGAAACCAAUCCAUUCCAAUCAACACCUGCACUGAAUGGAAUCUGAAUGGAAUCACUCCGCAAUUGAUAUGGACGCCAUGUCAUAUAUUCGCCGGAACAGUUCAAUUGUCAUACUUCCCUCAAGCAAGUGGAAACAUCAGCUACCCCUCCACUUACUACAAUGAAGCUAUAGGGAUUACAAUGACUUCCCCAUCAAUGUACAUGGUCAUAAAUACCAUUAGUGGAUAUAAUAGUUGUGGUCAAGUUGGUCCAACAAUGAGCAAUGUAAUCAUUUCGUUGCAUCCUAGUAACGUCUCUACAAUUGCCCGCUACACGGCAUCUGAUCAGCAAGUCAAUACAACGCCAGCCGCGCUUCUUACUUUGAGCGAUAUCAUUUCAGGAUGUUCAACAAUUACAUUGACUGAAGCUUCGACUAACGGUGCUAUCCAAAGUAUGCAUGCUAUGGACAAUGACUAUAAUAGAUGUUUUCCUGCCCUGGCUAUCCCUACGCCCCAAAUUGAAUCAAGUGGACUACCUUUCUUUAGACACUGUGGUCAAGAUAAUGCACGACUUGGUCUUUUUGAUCCACCAGGAGCUGUACCCCCCGUCAAUGCACUUCUUCCUGUUACAUCAGCAACUCCAGCAACUUCAACUUCAAUUCCAGCAAGUACCGCUCAAUCACCAUCAUCAAGUCAGCCAUCAAAAACAUCCAUUGUCAACUCUCCUUCUAGUACUUCUACUUCUGAUGUUCAAGUCCCAAAAUCUAGUCCGGUACCUUCAGAUACUAGUAUUCCAGCCUUAGAGGCAUCAUCAUCUAAUGCACUCUCAACCACUGUUUUAGCUGUACAAGACCCAACUACCACCGAUGAUUCACCACAGCCUGUAUCGUCAGUACCUGUUAUCCCAGCCAACACACCAAUUCCAAUCGCAACAAUUGCUUCUUCAGUCAUCUCCGUGAUUCCUAGUGACUCAAUAAUAGUUGUGGGAGGCCAGACUGCCUCUUUGGAUGGAGCUCCUAUAACAAUCUCUUCUUCCAUUGUUCAACUCACACCAUCUGGCUUGGUCAUUGCAAAUGAAAAUGGAGAAUCAUCCCAAUCAAGCGUUUACACAAUUCCAACCACUAGGGCCGUCGCAACAGCGGCAUCGCCAAGUAAGAUCGCCACUCUCGCCGGCGGAGAAAUUAUCUCGGCAAUUCCAGGUGCAUCGACUUUGAUCGUGGCCGGCCAAACCAUUACUUCCGGUGCUCCAGCAAUAACACUCUCGGGUUCCAAUUCAGUUGUUAGUCUAGGGUCUCAAGGUCUCGUAGUCCAAGAAUCGAAUGGAGUAGUAUCAACAUAUAGUAUCCCAACUGCUGCGCCCAUACCUGCAGUUGUAUCGAGCGCGAUUGCUACUCUUGCAGGAGGAGAGAUUGUUUCUGCAGGGGCUGAUGCAUCAAACGUGGUUCUGGGUUCCCAAUCCCUCGUUCUCGAUGGCCCAGCGAUCACACUUUCCAAUUCAGCUGUUGCAACCCUCGGUGCUGCUGGUUUAAUCGUGCAAUAUGCUGGAGGCAUUGUAUCUACCAUUCCUCUCUCUGCCGCAACGUCUCUACCAAUUCAUCUAGCAACCCCAGAAACAUCGAUUACAGAAAUUCGAACCAGCGAAAUAGUCAUUUAUAGUUCCGGAAAGCCUGUAUCAACAUAUUACAGUACUUUGACUGACACUACUUCCGUCACCGAAAUUAGAACUAGUGAAAUCAUAGUACAUAGUUCCGGCGAGCCGGUGUCGACAUUCUAUAGCACCUACACAAGUUCAAAAAAAUUAGCUACCAGUGGCAGUACCACUACGAGCCCUGCAAGUAAGCCCGAUAUUCUGGUUAUUGAAACUGGGAAUGGAGGCGCUAGCUCAACUUCUACUAAAAGUUCGGAUACAUUUGCUAUUACUAAUAUUGUGUUUAAUGGCGGUGUUGAUAGUUCGAAGGGAGGGUUGAUUAAUGGUUUGAGUCUUGUGGGAUUACUGGGCGUAUGGGGAAUGAUGAAUGCUUUCUGAAAGCAGUGAAAGAAAGGAACGCGAUAAGAUAGUAUAUUGAUGAUUUUGGAAACGAUAUACAUAUUUUAAUAAUUCCUACCUCUGAUUGUAG